CCAAUAUGGCCGCGCCCAUGUUUAAGCAGUCGAAAAUGACUGAAAACUACGGUGAUCGAAGCCGACAAAGUUAGAAUGCUUCGUUUAGUUAUUGGAAAAGUGGCGAAUCUUCCGGAACUGCCAGUAAAUGAAGCGUCGAUCGCAUAGCAUGGCAUGCUUCACAUACCGCACGGAGAAUGUCACUAAGUGAAGCGAACUGACAUGGCCGUGCGGUUCCAAGAUGCGCACGAACGGCUACUACUGGGAUGCGCCUGUGAAAUAAAGCAAGAACUGAAUUCAUUGGUGGACAACGAAUUUGUAGAUUUACUAGGAGGCAAGCUGCCGCAGGGAGACACUCUGCUUGGGCUGACUGUCUUGCAUGCGAUGUCCGAAGCCGCACUGAAGGCCUCGAAAACGAAAGCAACAUGUCCGAUCAUCCAGGAUGCGUUAGUCGCACUUGUGCAAAAGGAAGUCGUGGGGAACUUGGUGAGUCUGCAGAUGCUAUCUCCAGACAAAUUUGUCGCCCAUUGCAGCCUGCUUGCGCUCAACUUCUUAGCAAGAUGCUGCAGAGAUCUACAGGAAGCUCUAUUUAACGUGCUUGGCAAGCGCCUCGACAUUCUGGCAACUGUUCCAGUUAAUGAGAAAACACGCUUCUGCCAGCUCAUCACGUUCCUAUUAGCUGCAGACGCGAGGAGCACCCAUCCAGAAGAAGCAAUCGACACAAGCUGCCCUGCACCGGCGGCGAUUACCAUGCAAGCAGCCAAUCUAGAUGAUUUCUCAUCCGGCAUAUCAUCUGCAGCUGAGAAGUGUCUGCAUGGCAUGUUGCCGUGCCUUCAGAAUGAAGUACCACACGACACCUUGUACCACACACUAUCCCUGUGGCUCAAACUGGUGCAAAGUCAUGCCACUAUGGAUGUGUUAGGUGGCUUGCUACCUCAGCAUUUUGUCAAGUGGUCUGCCGGAGAGGAUCCACUUGUGGCAAGAACAGUACUGGAAAUACUGGACAGGGGUCUACAGCCCGUGAUCGAGGAAGCCAAGUUUUCCAAAGUUCCACCAUGGGUGCCUCUUAUUGGCCAGCAAGUGAUUGAGGCCGUGCAUGGAGGAUGGCUUGACCGGCUGCACUGUCGAACAGGAUUUUGUGGCUUUGCAGGAACUAGCAGGGAGCCUAGCUGCAAGUACCCAGAGCAAGACCUGGCCCUGUCUCAGGGAGACGGCAGGGUGAUUCGACUGGCAAUGCUUGUCCUCUUGAAGUCAUCCACAGCAUGUCUGAUGCAAGGCAUGCAGGAGGGCCUACCAGAAGCCUUGGAAGUUGGUCUUGCUUGGCUUCGGUCGAAAACGGCGGCAGUGGCCAGUGUGUCUGAUGCAGACUGUCUCGUGCAGCUAUUCCUCGACCAAGACGAUCAGCUAAUGGAGUGCCUCCUCAGCGAGCUUCUGUUACACUUACACAAGCCUUCUGUCUGGACGGCAACCGCACCGAUUGCAGAUCCACACAGGAUGUUUCUGAAGUUCCUCGGCUCUAUGGGAAACGACCAUGUCACCUUGAUAGACUUUUUGACAUCCCAGGAAACCUGUGCCUUGCUUUACUUUGUACGAUACCUCAAACUGUUGCUUUCCGACUGGGAUAAUUUUGUGAAGUGCCACAGUGAGCUGUCGGUCAGCAAACACGACACAUCUGGCCAAGAAAUGGCUGCCCAUCUUGACCUGACCAUGGCGACUCUUGUGAGGACACGUCUCAAGUUAGAGAAGAUGACUCAGAAGCACAACCUUCUGCCCUUCAAUGCGACUCCUCUGGUCAGGUUGAUCGAGAGGUGUGAAGAGAUUUAUGAAAGUGUUUGAUAAAACAUU